CUGGAUCCUGGAUUCGGCCAUAUUCCCGCUGAGCAGCCACACCGGCAGCCGCCUCAAAGUCCACAAAACCCCGCACAGAGGCUCCGGGCCGCGCUCCCUCCUCCUUCUGGGCCCGAACGGUCCUGUACCACUCGGUCCCGGAGUCCCGGGAUACGAUCCCGGGCUCAAACGGCGACCCCCGGGCAUGGAGCAGCGGCGGCCGACCUGACACUCGACGGUCUGACCGACAUCCUGAUUCCUGAGAGGAAAGUCCAGAUUUAUCGGGAUUAGAGGCUGCGGAGGCCUGACGGCUGAACGGCUGUCGACGCGACGGACUGACGGAACCCAGAGGACACGCACCUACACACGGACUCACGGAGCCGGCGGCCGCGGGACGGAUCCUCAAAAUGUCGGGAGUGUUUUCCCGGAGCUAACGGGCGGCGGCUAGCGGCGUUAGCAGCAGGAAGCGGCGCUCACACGGACCGUGAGGCGGCGGGGAGUGAGGGAUUGUCGUCGGCGGGAGCGGAGGGGCGGUGUUCGGGGUCCUGGUCAGGAUGUCGGCGCAGGUCCGGCUGAAGCAGCUGGAGGAGCUGCUGCUGGAGCAGAAGGCGGACGGAUGUCUCAGCAUGGAGACUCUGCUGGACCUGCUGCUCUGCUUCUACACCGAGGUGUCCCAUUCCCCCCUGAAGAGGGAGAAGCACAUCACGGACUUCCUGGAGUGGGUGAAGCCUUUCACCACCACAGUGAAGGACAUGAGGCUGCACAGGGACGACUUUGAGAUGCUCAAGGUGAUUGGACGAGGAGCUUUUGGAGAGGUUGCUGUGGUGAAGAUGAAACACACAGAGAGAGUUUACGCCAUGAAGAUCCUCAACAAGUGGGAGAUGUUGAAGAGAGCAGAGACUGCGUGUUUCCGUGAAGAACGAGACGUUUUGGUGAAAGGAGACAGCCAAUGGAUUACAAAUCUUCACUAUGCCUUCCAGGACGACAACUACCUGUACCUGGUGAUGGAUUACUAUGUGGGUGGAGACCUGCUGACUCUGCUCAGUAAGUUCGAGGACCGUCUUCCAGAGGACAUGGCCAAAUUCUAUGUGGCUGAGAUGGUGCUGGCCAUCUACUCCAUCCACCAGCAGCACUACAUCCACAGAGACAUUAAACCUGAUAAUGUCCUGCUGGAUGUUAACGGACAUAUACGCCUCGCGGACUUUGGGUCCUGUCUGCGAAUGAUGGAAGAUGGCACGGUUCAGUCUUCGGUUGCGGUGGGGACUCCAGAUUACAUUUCCCCAGAGAUUCUGCAGGCAAUGGAGGAUGGGAUGGGACGCUACGGGCCUGAGUGCGACUGGUGGUCUCUAGGAGUCUGCAUGUACGAGAUGCUAUAUGGAGAAACGCCGUUCUAUGCUGAGUCACUGGUGGAAACGUAUGGCAAGAUCAUGAACCAUGAGGACCGGUUCCAGUUCCCAUCACAUGUUAGCGACGUAUCGGAGGACGCCAAGGACCUGAUCCAGCGUCUGCUCUGCUCCAGGGAUCGGCGUCUUGGUCUGAAUGGGAUCUCGGACUUUAAGAGUCACGCAUUCUUCAGCGGGAUCGACUGGGACAACAUCCGGUCCACUGAGGCGCCCUAUAUCCCUGAUGUAUCCUCUCCUACUGACACGUCAAACUUUGAUGUGGACGAUGACGUCCUCAAGAACCCGGACAUGGGGCCUCCAGUCUCUCAUACUGGUUUCACUGGUCAGCAUCUGCCCUUCGUCGGCUUCACCUAUACCACAGACAGCUGCUUCUCUGAGCGGCGCACCGUCAGCCAAGGGGGACGGAGCCUCCGUUCAGAUGAGGGGGAAGUCGGAGGAGGAGGAGGGGCGGGGCCAGAAGUAGAGGCCUUUGAGAAGAGGAUAAGGAGGCUGGAGCAGGAGAAACAGGAGCUGAACCGCAAACUGCAGGAGUCAACCCAGGCUCCAACGCGAGGUGGAACCCUGAGCCGAGACAAAGAGAUCAAGAAGCUGAACGAGGAGAUCGAACGGCUCAAGAAAAAACUGGCAGACUCUGAUAGGCUGGAGCAUCAGUUGGAGGAGGCGGUCACAUUGAGACAGGACUUUGAGAGCUCCGCCUCCAAACUGAAGACGCUGGAGAAACAGGUGAAGACACUUCGGCAGGAGAAGGACGACGUCCACAAGCAGUUGUCCGAUUCCCUGGAGCGGCUCCGGUCUCAGACCAAGGAGCUGAAGGAGGCCCACUCCCAGAGGAAACUGGCCCUGCAGGAGUUCUCGGAGCUGUCGGAGAGAAUGUCCGAACUGCGUUCCUCCAAACAGCGUCUGUCUCGUCAGUUAAGAGACAAAGAGGAUGAGAUGGAUGCCCUGCUGCAGAAGAUGGACGCCGCCAGGCAGGACAACCGCAAGACCGAGAAGAACCGCAAGGAGUUGGAGGCUCAGCUAGACGACGCAAAGGCAGAGGCAUCGAAGGAGAAAAAACUGAGGGAACACAGCGAGGUGUACUCCAAACAGUUGGAGGUGGAGCUCCAGAGCCUAAAGUCUCAGCAGGGUCGAGGAGCAGCAGCUGGGGGGCCAGAGUCUCAACAGGAGGUGUCACGACUAAAGGCGGAGCUUGACAAAAAGGUCUUGUUCUAUGAGGAGGAACUGCUAAGGAGAGACUCCGCCCACUCUGCAGAAAUCAAAAACCUCCGCAAAGACCUACAUGAGUCCGAGGGGGCUCAGCUGACUGCCAAAAAGGAGCUGCUACAGCUCAGGGACAAACUGGACAAGACCAAGAGGGACAGACAAACGGAAAUGGAUGAGGCUGUUGCAGCUCUGAAGGAAAAAUAUGAGCGUGAGAAGAACCUGUUGACAGAAGACAACCGUAAACUGACAGCUGAGACUGAUAAGCUGUGUACAUUUGUGGACAAACUGACUGCUCAGAAUCGUCAGCUUGAAGAUGACCUGCAGGAUCUGUCAGCUAAGAAGGAGAGCGUGGCCCACUGGGAGGCUCAGAUAGCAGAGAUCAUCCAGUGGGUGAGCGAUGAGAAGGACGCUCGAGGUUACCUUCAGGCGCUGGCCACCAAGAUGACGGAGGAGCUGGAGACGCUGCGGAGCUCCAGUCUUGGAACCAGACCUCUGACAGAGACGGGGAUGGCCACACCCCCCAAGAAGCCCUGGCCUCCUAUUGGUGGGGACAGGAGGGAUCCACUGUGGAAGGUGCGUCGCAGUCAGAAGUUAGACAUGUCGGCUCGCCUGGAGCUGCAGUCGGCGCUGGAUGCAGAGAUUCGAGCCAAGCAGCUGGUCCAUGAUGAACUGCGCAAGGUCAAGGCCAACAACAUUGCUCUGGAAAGUAAGCUGAAGGAGUCUGAGGAGAGGAGCAGGGAGACGUUGGAUCAGUUGGAGGCUCUGAAGAAGGAGGUGGAGGAGAGCCGAUCCCGCUCAGACAAAGGUCUGAAGCUUCCAGAUUUCCAGGACUCCAUCUUUGAAUAUUUCAACACCUCACCUCUGGCUCCUGAUCUCACCUUCAGAGCGUCAGUUUGCUCUGCCUCCUCGCUCCUUGCUUUCUGGGAAGAAUCCACAGAUAUAGACACCACUCCCCAGAAGUCCGAGACCACCACACCGUCGCCCUCAGAGCUACAGGAAGUGAAGACGCCAUCAGUCCCGGCUAGCCCCUCCCCCACCUAUCAGAGUUCAUCUCUGACCACACCAAAGCCCAAAGCUCAUCAGCUGAGCAUCAAGACGUUCAGCAGCCCGACCCAGUGCACACACUGCACCUCACUGAUGGUGGGCCUCAUCCGACAGGGAUACGCCUGUGAAGUGUGCUCCUUCAUCUGUCACGUUUCCUGUAAAGACCACGCCCCCCUGGUUUGUCCAAUCCCAGCAGACCAGGCUAAGAGGCCGCAGGGUAUCGACGUCCAGAGAGGAAUUGGCACUGCCUACAAGGGCUAUGUCAGGAUCCCGAAACCCAGUGGGGUGAAGAAGGGCUGGCAGAGAGCCUUCGCUGUCGUAUCAGACUGUAAACUGUUCCUGUAUGACAUUCCGGAGGGGAAAUCUACUCAGCCGGGGGCGGUGGCCAGCCUGGUCCUUGACCUCAGGGACGAGGAGUUCUCUGUCAGCUCCGUAUUGGCUUCCGAUGUAAUCCAUGCUACCAGGAAAGAUGUCCCAUGCAUCUUCAGGGUGACGUCAUCUCCACUGAACUCGCCGCUGUGCUCAGUGUCUUUGCUGGUUCUGGCUGAAAGUGAGGUGGAGAAAAGGAAGUGGGUUCGGAUCUUGGAGAGUCUGCAGAACAUCCUGACGAAGAACCUGCUGAAGAGCCAACAGGUCCAUGUCCCACAGGAGGCCUAUGACGCCUCACUGCCGCUCAUCAAGACAACACUGUCGGCCGCUGUGCUAGAUCGAGAGAGGAUUGUCCUGGGAACUGAAGAUGGUCUGUUCGUGGUAGAAGUGACCAGAGAUGUAAUUGUACGAGCAGCCGACAGUAAGAAGGUUUAUCAGAUCGACCUUAUCCCGAAGGAGAAGAUCCUUGCUCUGCUGUGCGGUCGGAACCGUCAUGUCCACCUCCACCCCUGGGGGGUGCUGGAGGGUGCUGAGUCCUCCUUUGACAUCAAACUGGCUGACACCAAAGGCUGCCAGGCCCUGACCACAGGGGUCCUCCGACCUGGAGGCCCCGCAUGCCUGCUGGCUGCUGUCAAACGCCAGGUGCUGUGUUACGAGAUCACCCGGUCCAAGCCUCAUCAUAAGAAGUUGUGGGAAGUCCAGGCUCCAGGGGUGGUCCAGUGGUUGGGGAUGGUUAGGGAGCGCCUGUGUGUUGGGUACCCUUCGGGCUUUGCGCUGCUGGCCCUGCAAGGCGAGUCGUCCCCCAUUAGCCUGGUGGGUCCAGCUGAUCCAUCACUGGCCUUCCUGGCCCAGCAGCCCCUGGACGCUCUGCACGCCCUGGAAGUGGGAUCCAGCGAACUGCUGCUCUGCUUCAGCCAGCUCGGCAUCUACGUGGACGGACAGGGACGCCGUUCCAGAACCCAGGAGCUGAUGUGGCCUGCCACACCACUCGCAUGCAGCUCGAACUCGUCCCACCUGACAGUAUAUAGUGAAUAUGGAGUUGACGUCUUUGAUAUUCACACCACAGAGUGGGUUCAGACCAUCUCCCUCCGCAAGAUCAGACCUCUGAAUGUUGAAGGGACAUUAAACCUGCUGAGCUCAGAACCUCCUCGUCUGAUCUACUUCAGCAACACCUCAUCAGAAGGUGAUCUCACCAUCCCAGAGACGUCAGAUCACAGCAGAAAGCUGAUGGUUCGUACUCGCAGUAAAAGGAAGUUCCUCUUUAAGGUCCCUGAAGAGGAGCGUCUCCAGCAGAGAAGGGAGAUGUUGCGGGAUCCGGAGCUGCGGUCAAAGAUGAUUUCCAAUCCAACCAACUUUAACCACGUGGCUCACAUGGGACCAGGAGACGGGAUGCAGGUUCUCAUGGACCUCCCUCUGAGUGUGAUGCCUUCCUCUCAGGAUGACGCAGUUAAAGAGAAGCCCCGCCCACUGUCCAGUAUUUCCCGGCAACAGAAGAGCAAGACCCACAUCACCCGCACAGCGUCGGAUUUUGGGGGAGGAGCUUCGUCUCGCCUCAGAGAUGAGCCUGACCAAGACCCGGACCGAGAGCCGGACUCCGACUCCACCAAACAUUCAACUCCCUCCAAUUCGUCCAAUCCCAGCAGCCCCCCCUCCCCCAACUCCCCCCAUCGCAGUCAGCUGACCCUGGACAGCCUGGACACUGACCCCUGAGGCCCCGCCCACCACCCCUACACCUGAGGGGGGAGGGGACAGGUGACAGAUGGACUGCAUUUUAGAUUUUAAUUAGAUUUUAUUUUGGCGGGGCAAGCCUGUGCUUCCUGCUGCUUUUAAUAAAUAACUUUGUUUGGAUUUUACCUGCUGGAAGCCCCGCCCCCUCAUUUUAACCAGGUAUUAUUGUUGACGGGAAACGCUGCUGCAGCUGCUUUGUUUGACCUUCGAACCUUUGGUGUGUUUGGCUCUGUGGGACCACGCUGCUGCUGUCAGUCACUCUUCUUCUUCUUUAUUCAAUAAGUUUCACUCAAACGGGAGGUCUCGCUCUGUCUCCAUUAGCGGAGCCGGACGGGAGGUCUCACUCUGAUGAAAAAAAACACUGUAUUAAUUUUAAAGCUGACUUUUGUUUAAGUUGCACAUUGUUGUUGUAGCCUGAGGAGAAAAUAUCUUUGAUUUGUGUCAGUGAUGAUCUUUCCUGUUGCACCACCCACCCCAACCCCCACCCCACCCUCUGACCUUUGACCCCAGAGGUCAGGAGGAAGGGGUGGUCCUGAACACUACUGCUUUGUUUCUUUGAAAUCACAGUUAAAGGAUCUUUGUAAUUAAAUAUAAUGUUAGCAGCCAAACAAACAAUAAAAGAAUCUGACAAGAGG